UUCCCCAUCACAAACUCGUGAGAAACCAACGACUGAACCACAAGGCAACCACCAAACAGACAAACAGUUUUAGCACAAGCAGGAAAGCAACCGGUAAAGCACCAGGAAAGCAACCAUGGGAUCACAGAGCUCAAAGACCGUCCAAACACCAAGAAAGAACCACAGCCAACCAAGCCAACAGCAAGACACCAGGCAACGCAAGGCUAAUCAGCACACUUCGGCUUCCGAGCCCCGCAAAAUGACAAAACCAAUUGCUCCUGUCGUGGCGCAAGCAAAGGAAAUCUUUCCUGCGGAGGCCAUCGAGGUGACGCAUCAGCAAGCAAAGGAUCCCAUCGUGGAGGCGGUCCUCUGCAAGAAUGAAGAGAAAGCAGCACUGUCGGUUUUGGCCGUGCCUGUACCAUCGAAACUCAAACGUUUCCGUGUCAAUGUCCCUCAAAGCAUGGAACCUGGAGAGACCAUGACGAUCAAGCUCAACGGUGUCUUGACGAGAAUCCUGAUCACAACACCCACAACAAAAAUCCAGAGACAAGAUACAAAGAAGAACGUCAAGGGCAUUGUCCGCCACAAGCAGUCCUCACAAGCAACGGCUUCCACUACCACGACCGAAUCUACGCUAUCUUCCUCUUCAACGCCUCCCUCAGAAAAACCACCCGUGGAAAAAAUGUUGGGCUGCGCUACUGAUACGGUCGUUGCGUCCACCGAGGCCAAAGUACCCGACGGGAAGAAGCUUGUCCGCGCGGGAGCAGUGAUUGCCAUCCACGCGGAGUUUCAGGAGAACAAUAAGCAGCUGAAGGAAUCCAUGGUGGACCAAGUCAUGAAAGAAAUCAUUCAAGAGACUGUCAACAAUGGAUGCAAUUCUAUAUUGGGAAUGACUGUAUCCAUCAAGCCACUCAAGGAGAAAUCAGGCUAUCUAGUAAAGGCCUGCGGGACACCUUGCUCGCUUUUGCCGGCUCAAGUCCUUCUGGAGCGAUCCUCUUCCAAAGCCUCUAGCUCCGUUGGCCCCCGAAAGACUGCAUCGUCAUCACCAUCACCAGAAAAGCCACUAGUGCGACGACAAUUAACCAUACGAAAAGAUUGAAUGUUCACGCGGCCACUCUCCCUUCCUUCCUCAACCAGACCUCCUCUUUUCAUCAUCCUCUAGCCCCCGGAGCCAAAGUAAUCCGCUUCUUGGGUUGACUGCUCGCAGGUAUCAACCGCUAUUACCUCCUAUAGAGUUCCGUACAAGCCAUAUCAUUGCAUAAGAUACAAGCCAUAUCAUUCCAUAAGAUUCACCGUAACAGCUAAGUUAAAGCAAGAAGACAUUAUUUCUAC